AUGUCCAACGAAGAGCCACCCCUCCGCCUCUCAGACCUACAAAUUGACGACGAGGAGAAAGAAAAACCCGUCCGAUCUGGUGCUGUAGAGCAGGACGAGCGCGAGGAAGCUCUUCGUGCAGAACUAGCCAGUGUACAACAAAUCAAUUCCGUCAUUGAAGGAGUGGUAUCGUCUUUAGAAAAAGCAAAGGUGAAUAUGGAGACUGUUUCCACCACCGUCGCAUCCGCGAACACUCUCCUUGACUUAUGGAUUCGUAUAUUGAGCCAGACGGAGCAUACACAACGGUUACUGCUGUCUGGGCAUUGGGAGGGCGCCACACAGGACUUGAUCGAUAUCGAAGCGGAGGCCGCCGCUAAAGUUCAAGAAGCCGAACGGAGGCGGGAGGAAGAGAGGGAGCGUGCUGCUGCGAGGGAAAGAGAAGCUGUGGCUGCUGAAGCUAGGAGAGCGGCUGCUGAGAGAAAGCCUACUAGAGGGGCGAGGAGAACUGGUGGAUCGGGAACUGGUAGGGGUGGGGGUUCCGGUGGGUCUAGGAUCGGGGCUCCAACUUCCUCUUCCUCUUCCUCCGGCACUGGAACCGGAAGGGGGAGUAAGGGUGGAAGAGGGACUAGGGGAGGAUCUGGGAUUGGACGAGGCCUCCCAAAGAGAGGGGCUAAGUGA